GUAUCCACCAGAAGCACCAGAGCUUCAAAUCCGGAAAAUGGCAGACUUGUGCUUUUUGGUGCAACACUAUGAACUUGCGUAUAGCUGUUACCAUACAGCAAAGAAAGACUUCUUAAAUGAUCAGGCAAUGCUUUAUGCAGCUGGAGCACUGGAAAUGGCAGCAGUAUCAGCUUUUCUUCAGCCUGGAGCUCCUAGACCGUAUCCUGCUCAUUAUAUGGAAACGGCGAUUCAGACCUAUCGAGAUAUCUGCAAGAACAUGGUUCUGGCUGAACGCUGUGUGCUGCUUAGUGCUGAAAUCUUAAAAAGUCAAAGCAAAUACUCAGAGGCUGCUGCUCUUCUGAUUCGUUUAACCAGUGAGGAUUCAGAUCUUCGCAGUGCGCUUCUGUUGGAGCAGGCAGCCCAUUGCUUUAUCAACAUGAAAAGUCCCAUGGUUAGAAAGUUUGCAUUUCAUAUGAUACUGGCUGGCCAUAGGUUUAGUAAAGCAGGUCAGAAGAAACACGCCUUACGCUGCUACUGUCAAGCCAUGCAGGUUUACAAAGGGAAAGGCUGGUCUCUUGCAGAAGACCAUAUUAACUUCACGAUUGGUCGCCAGUCCUUUACGCUUCGUCAGCUUGACAAUGCUGUGUCUGCCUUCAGGCAUAUUUUGAUCAACGAUAGUAAACAACCUCCAGCUCAGCAAGGAGCUUUUUUAAGAGAGUAUCUUUAUGUUUAUAAGAAUGUGACCCAGCUGUCACCUGAUGGUCCCUUACCACAGCUUCCUUUACCGUACAUUAACAGCUCAGCAACCCGUGUUUUCUUUGGGCAUGAUCGAAGACCAGCAGAAGGUGAAAAGCAGGCAGCUACGCACGUGAGUCUGGAUCAGGAGUACGACUCGGAAUCGUCACAACAGUGGAAGGAACUUGAGGAGCAGGUUGUUUCUGUGAUAAAUAAAGGAAUAAUACCUUCAAACUUUCAACCAACACAGUUCUGUUUAAAUCGCUACUCGGAUAACUCCAAAUUUCCCCUGGCUGUGAUAGAAGAACCGAUAACUGUAGAAGUGUCCUUCCGAAACCCUCUGAAAGUCCCGCUGCUUUUGACUGACCUCUCGUUGCUGUGGAAGUUUCAACCUAAAGACUUCAAUGCAAAGCAUGAGGGAGAAACAAAAGAGGUGGGAACGUGCGAUGAUGAUAUGAUCGGAACUGAAGCAAUAGCAGAAUUUUUAAUUAAUAGUGAGGAGACAAAAGUGGCAAGACUAAAGCUCUUUCCCCAUCAAACAGGGGAGCUACAUAUUCUGGGAGUCGUUUAUAAUCUUGGCACUGUUCAGGGUGCUGUGACAUUAGAUGGGAUAGAUCCUUCUAUUGGAUUACAGACAGGAAAGUUUGUCUCCAAUGGGUUAUCUGUACGAGGACGACAAGAUUUAGAAAUCCAAGGGCCUCGACUUAAUAACACAAAAGAGGAAAAAACGUCUAUUAAAUAUGGACCUGAUCGACGCUUAGAUCCCAUUAUUACAGAAGAAAUGCCUUUGUUGGAGGUGUUCUUUAUAAAUUUUCCUACAGGGCUUCUCUGUGGAGAAAUCAGAAAAGCAUAUGUAGAAUUUGUGAACGUAAGCAAGUGUCCUCUUACCGCACUGAAGGUUGUGUCCAAGCAUCCAGAGUUUUUUACUUUUGGUGGAAAUACUGCUGUUCUAACGCCACUAAGUCCUUCAGCUUCUGAAAACUGUAGUGCUUACAAGACUGUUGUGACAGAUCCUACCUCUGUGCGUACAGCACUGCUAUCUUCAGCUUCUUCUGUAGACUUUGGGGUUGGCACAGGAGGUCAGCCUGAAGUAAUACACGUCCCACUUCCUGAUGCUGUUCUUCUUCCUGGGGCUUCAGUGCAGCUGCCAAUGUGGUUACGGGGACCAGAUGAAGAAGGUGUUCAUGAAAUUAACUUUUUGUUUUACUAUGAAAGUAUUAAAAGACACUCAAAAAUGUGUCAUAGAGUAUUAAGGCACACUGCAGUUAUUUGUACUAGCCGCUCUCUGCACAUUCGAGCUACUGUCUGCAGGAGUAACGCCCUUGAUGAAGAAGGCAGAGGGGACAAUCUCUUGGUGUUUGUGGAUGUAGAAAAUAUCAAUACCAGCGAGACUGGCGUUAAAGAGUUUCAUAUAGUGCAAGUUUCAAGUAAUAGCAAACACUGGAAGCUUCAAAAAUCCGUUAACGCCUCUGAAGACAAAGAUACUAAACUUGCUAGCAGAGAGAGAGCGAAGUUAUGCUUUAAAGCAGUAAGGUGCAAAAACUCAGAAGAAAAUUACACAUUUGCAGACAUUGUCUUUGGAAAUGAACAGAUAAUAAGUUCAGCCAGUCCUUGUGCAGACUUUUUUUUUCAAAGCUUGUCCUCUGAGUUUAAAAGAACGCACGUGCAAUCUCAUACUCACACAUCCCAAAGGGCUGCGAAACAAUCCUUGGAUGAGACAGUCAGAUUGAUACAAAGGUGCAGCGAAGUUGAUUUGAACGUUGUUGUGCUGUGGAAGGCAUAUGUUGUGGAAGACAGCAAGCAGCUUAUUUUGGAAGGCCAGCAUCAUGUUGCCCUUAAUACAGUUGGGAAGGAGGCUUUUUCAUUCCCUCAGAAGCAG